CUGCACUACGGGACCAUCAUGAGCAGCAGAGCUUGUGUCCAAAUGGCAGCAGCUGCCUGGGCCAGUGGUUUUCUCUAUGCUGUGCUGCACACUGGGAACACAUUUUCAAUACCACGCUGCCAAGGCAAUGCUGUGGAACAGUUCUUCUGUGAAAUCCCCCAGAUCCUCAAGCUCUCCUGCUCAGACUCCUACCUCAGGGAACUUGGGGUUCUUAUCAUUAGUGGCUGUUUAAUCCUUGGGUGUUUCAUUUUCAUUGUGGUGUCCUACGUGCAGAUCUUCACUGCUGUGCUGAGGAUCCCCUCUGAGCAGGGCCAGCACAAAUCCUUUUCCAUGUGCCUCCCGCACCUGACCGUGGUCUCCCUGUUCAUCAGCACUGGCUCGUUUGCACACCUGAAGCCCCCCUCCAUCUCCUCCCCAGCUGUGGAUCUGGUGGUGGCUGUUCUGUACUCGGUGGUGCCUCCAGCAGUGAACCCCCUCAUCUACAGCAUGAGGAACAAGGAGCUCAAGGAGGCACUGAGGAAAGUGAUCCAACGGGUACAAGGUCAGCACCAGUAG